AUGGGCGGCGCCGGCAUCGCGGGCUGCACGGCACACUUGCGACUGGAGGCGUUGCCGGACGGGCGCUGGCACGGGCGCAUGAUCCACCUGGCUGAGUCUGGCGCGAACCUCUAUGAGGGCGCGUCCUUGGCUGGGGUGAUCAAAGCCUUCUCCGACCAGGGCGAGGGCCACCUCGUUGUCCCGGCCGCGCAGGGUGUGGACUUCCAGUGCAACCAAAGCGACCUGUCGCUGGAGCUGCAAAACAAGUUCCGCCAGAUGGGCUCGGCUGCUAUGGCCGGCACCACCGUGUGGUUCCGGCUGGUGGCCAUCAAUGCCUAUUGGCACGCCAAGGAGGUGGUUUUGGCUGGGGAUGGCACGAAGAAGGUGGCGCUCAAUGACAGGUCGCGACGUGUCCGCUCCCGGCUCCGCGAUCUGCGACGCGGCUCCGCAGGCUGGUCAGGAGACACAGGCGCGCUCAGGCGUGAUCGAUGGCGCUGA